ACUAGAGGUGCGCGCACAUGUUGGUGGGAAGAGCUGAAGUCAGAGAUAAGGAUGUUUCAGGAGCCACAGACGUUCCAGCACCUCACAGAUCCAAAUUAUGGGCGUCCUGGGAAGGUGCAACACUUGCCUUUACAAGAGAUCACAAGACCCCACAUUGACUCCUUCAACUACAUGUUGAGAGAGGGACUGGUGAAGGCAGUACAGGAUAUUCCUCCCAUAGAGUUUGCAUUACCAAAUGGUCAGAAAAUAUCUCUGAAUAUUGUGGAAGCCCAUGUGUCCUCCCCUAAGAUAGAUCAAGGGAACCUGUAUGCACGGACCCUCGAUGUCUUUCCGUCAGAGUGCCGUGAGCGAGGGAUCACCUAUAGGGGGCGCCUCCAGGCCACUGUGCGCUGGUUUGUGGAUGGGCGACCUUCAGGAACGGAUGAGAGAAUCCUGGGAGAAAUUCCUAUCAUGGUCAAAUCGGAGGCGUGCAACCUUUCCAAGCUGUCCCCAUCAGAUCUUGUACGACGAGGAGAGGAAGCUGAGGAAAUGGGCGGCUACUUCAUCAUCAAUGGUAUUGAAAGAGUGAUCAGAAUGUUGAUCAUGCCAAGGAGAAAUUUCCCCAAUUGCAUGAAUCGCCCAUCUUGGAAAUCUCGUGGAAAUCAAUAUACAGAAUUUGGGGUCACCAUGAGGUGUGUCAAGGGGGACCAGACGGGGGCAAAUAUAGUGCUACAUUACCUGAACAACGGCACUGCCAACCUUUCCUUCAGUUUCCGCAAGGAGCAGUUCUUUGUACCUAUCAUGCUUAUACUAAAGGCACUUGUAGAUGUGACAGAUCAGUAUAUAUACAGUGAACUUAUCAAAGGAAAAGAAGAAGACUCCUUCUAUAAAGGUUGUAUUGCCAACAUGCUUCGCCAGGCACAGAGCGAGGGUUUAUCUGAGAAGGCUACCAUAUUGAAAUAUAUUGGAGAGCGUUUUCGCAUCAAAUUACAGCUGCCUGACUGGGUGACAGACACUGCUGUGGCCACAUUCCUUCUGGAUCAAUGUGUUUGUAUUCACCUCUCAAACAAUAUGGAAAAAUUUAACAUUCUAGUAUACAUGACAAGAAAGUUGUUUGCUUUUGCCAAAGGAGAGUGUGCCGCUGAGAGUGCAGACAACCCCAUGUUUCAGGAAGUGUUGCUAGGUGGCCAUCUUUUUUUAAUGGUGCUAAAGGAAAAAAUAGAAGGAUGGCUGGGAUCACUGCGGUACUGCAUAGAGCGAAAAGCAAAAGCCAAGGGGCAAGAAUACACUUUGAACCAAGCUUCAUUCAAUGAUGCCUGUAGACAUGCAAGUGAGGUGACCCGCCCUAUGGAGUACCUGCUGGCCACGGGGAACCUGGUCUCUAAGACAGGACUGGGGCUGAUGCAGGCGGCUGGUCUAACAGUUGUUGCGGACAAGCUCAACUUCUUUCGCUAUAUUUCUCAUUUCCGCUGCAUCCACAGAGGUGCGUUCUUUGCUCAGAUGAGAACAACUGCAGUCAGGAAACUGCUACCUGAGGCCUGGGGUUUCUUGUGCCCAGUUCACACACCAGAUGGAGCUCCGUGCGGUCUGAUGAAUCACAUGACUGCCACAUGCCAGGUUGUUACCAAAGUGUUCUCUACUGUUGGACUUCCAAAACUGCUAUGUUCCCUGGGCAUGACCCCCAUUGAUGGCCCCGCCCCUGGCAACAUGGCAGACUGUUACCGAGUGAUGCUAGAUGGCCGUAUCCUUGGCUGGAUACAUGCUAAUGCUGCACAGGAUGUUGCCGUGAAGCUCCGGAUGAUGAAAGUGAAGGGAAUUAACAAGGUCCCUCCUGUCCUAGAAAUCUGCCUGGUUCCCAAGACCCCUCACGCCAGCCAGUACCCUGGCCUCUAUUUAUUCUCCACCCCUGCCAGGAUGGUGCGCCCUGUGAAGAACCUGGCCCUGGACGCUAUAGAGCUGAUAGGAACCUUUGAACAGGUUUACCUCAAUAUUUGUAUUGUUGCGGAGGAGGCACAUGAAGGGUUGACGACCCACCAGGAAUUGUCAGAGUGUAGUUUCCUGAGCGUGAUUGCCAGCCUUACACCAUACUCAGACUGUAACCAGAGUCCCAGGAACAUCUACCAGUGUCAGAUGGGUAAACAGACCAUGGCAACACCAUGCCACGCCCUUCAGCAUCGGUCAGAUAACAAACUAUACCGUCUGCAGACUGUCCAAAGUCCUAUUGUUCGUAAUAAGAUGUAUGACUAUUAUGGGAUGGAUAACUAUCCAAUGGGGACCAAUGCAAUUGUUGCUGUGAUAUCAUAUACAGGUUAUGACAUGGAAGACGCUAUGAUCUUAAACAAGUCUUCCUUUGAGCGAGGCUUUGCCCAUGGAAAUGUCUACAAACAUGAGUUUGUGGAUUUGCGAAAAAUUAGCCGAGAAAAGAGCAGGAUUUCUCUUAUGUUUGGCUGUAAGCCAGGGGAUAAGAGAGUCGAGGGGAAACUGGACCCUGAUGGUCUUCCUCCUGUUGGUAAACUACUCACAGCUGGAGAACCAUACUACUGCUACAUCAAUGUCCAGACGGGAGAGGCCAGGGUGACCCUGUACAAAAGUCAGGAGGCGGCCUACGUGGACCACAUCAAGGUCCUGGGGAACGACACCGGCACUGACGAGAUGCAGAAAAUUUGUAUAUGUCUCAGGAUAGUGAGAAAUCCCAUCAUUGGAGACAAGUUUGCUAGUCGUCAUGGUCAGAAGGGAAUUUGCAGCCAGAAGUGGCCCAAUGAAAACAUGCCGUUCUCUGAGAGUGGGAUGACGCCCGAUAUCCUGUUUAACCCCCACGGAUUUCCCUCUCGUAUGACAAUAGGUAUGAUGAUAGAGAGUAUGGCAGGGAAAUCUGGAGCUCUCCAUGGACUGUGCCACGAUUCCACACCAUUUUGUUUCUCGGAAGAGAAUCCAGCUAUAGAUUACUUUGGAAGAGCUUUAACAGCAGCUGGGUACAACUACUUCGGGACAGAGAGGAUGUACAGCGGCAUAGAUGGCAGGGAGUUCGAGGCAGACAUCUUCUUUGGCAUCGUGUAUUAUCAAAGGCUGCGUCACAUGGUGUCAGACAAGUUCCAGGUGAGAUCGACAGGACCCAUUGACCAGCUGACACAUCAGCCUGUGAAAGGAAGAAAGAAGGGAGGUGGGGUGAGGUUUGGAGAGAUGGAGAGGGAUGCCAUCUUGUCAUUGGGGACUGCCUUCAUUCUACAGGACAGGCUGGUUAACUGCUCAGACAAGACCAUGGCACGAGUGUGCACCAAAUGUGGCAGCCUGCUUUCAGCUCAGAUGGAGAAGCCACCCUCCGCUCUGGCAGCUGCUUCCUUCGAAGCUGCCCGCCACUGGGUGUGCAAAAUAUGUGGUAGAAAAGACUCAGUUGUGGAAAUCUCCAUCCCAUUUGUGUUCAAGUAUUUAGUUGCGGAACUGGCAGCCAUGAACAUUAAGCUGACGUUAGAUGUUAAACCAGUAUGAACUGUGAUGGUAUAUCAAAUUAUAUUCAUGAAAUAAAAAUAUUUGUAUUUUUGGGUGCAUAUGCUUCGAUCAGGCAUGUGGCCAACAAUUUGAAAGAUGGGUUUCUUAUUUGAAGAAGUGUCUUUUUGACCACUUAGUUGAGACAACGUAUGAGAUAUACCAUCAAACCAAAAUGCAAUUUACAUCAGAAUGGAUCUUUUUUGGCCAAAAGGGCAUUUCUCUCCUGACUUGAAAUGAUUGCCCCACUGUUGUAGGGGUGGUUUAGGACAGACAAGGGCCCCGUAUCUUGAAAGCUUCGCUAUGUUGCGACUGUGCGCAAGAGUCUCGAUUCAAUAACUCGCCCAUACUCGUCCCAUAUAAAUCAUUGUAGCCUCUAUUUGAUAUAGCGAUUCGCAAUAUGCGAUGCUUGUUAUGUGUGGAACUGUU